CAAAAGGGCUAUAUAAACAGAUAACCCUGCGUCUCUCCUUGCUCGCGUACCAUACUAGUUCCAAGUAGAUAUCCCACUACCGGUCUCUGGGUAAGUGGAUUGAGGUCAUCAUGUUGGGUGUAUUCAGCGGGGAGGUGGUGGAGGUCCCGGAGGAGCUGGUGGUGGCCGGCAGCAGGACGCCGUCCCCCAAGACACGGGCGGCGGAGCUGAUGAACCGAUUCCUCGGCAGCUCCGCUCCGGCGGUGUCGAUCCAGCUCGGGUACUUGGGCCACCUCGCCUACUCCCACACCAACCAGUCCCCCUUCGCUCCCAGGAUGUUUGCAGCCAAGGACGAGAUAUACUGCCUGUUCGAGGGAGUGCUGACUAACUUGGGAAGCUUGAGGCAGCAGUAUGGGCUUUCCAAGAGCGCCAACGAGGUGGUGCUGGUGAUGGAGGCGUAUAAGGCCCUCCGCGACCGAGCCCCCUAUCCGCCCAGCUUCAUGCUCGCACAUCUCUCCGGCAACUUCGCCUUCGUCCUCUUCGACAAGUCAACUUCAUCCAUCCUCGUCGCAUCUGACCCAGAUGGAAGGGUACCCUUGUUCUGGGGCAUAACAGCCGAUGGAUGCCUUGCCUUUGCUGAUGACCUGGAUUUGCUGAAGGGAUCAUGCGGGAAGUCACUUGCACCAUUCCCCAAAGGAUGUUACUACUCAAAUGCAUUGGGGGGCCUGAAAAGCUACGAGAAUCCUAAGCACAAGGUCACCGCCGUUCUUGAAAACGAGGAAGAAGUAUGUGGUGCCACUUUCAAGGUGGAAGGGUCUGCGGUUGUCGCGGCAACACAAUAAAGAGAGAGGGAAGCGAUGGGGCAAACGACCACUGCUGUAGAAACUACAAAAGCCACGGAGUUGCUGGUUAUGUAAAUUAUGUGGUGAUGCCACCAUUCCCUGUCUGUCUGUGUGAUGGUCUUGUUUCUCUCUCUAGGAAAGCUUUCAGGGUAGUUUCUCUUUGUUCUGCAACAGUCCUCCUCCUCCGCUUUUGCACAAUGAUCAAGUCCUAACGAUCAAGAUCAAUAAGCAUGCAUCAUCCAUUAUCUA